UGAAGUUGUGUGUGUGUUGCCAGUUCAGAUCUCAGUCAGGUCCCUCCGAUGUGCCCACUUCAUUGAGAAAGUUUGAGAGCGCGAUGAGCGGACAGACGGUCCCUGUGGACUACUCGGGACACAUGUUGGACCUGGACGAGGACGAAGACCUGGAGGUUUUCAGCAAGAAGGCACCCGUGGCAGAUGGAAACCCCAUGCCCAACUCUCCCAGCUCCAUGGUCAACCAGUUCCGACUGGAGGAGGACGAGCCGCAGGAUGUCAACGCCAAAGACCUCUUCAUCACCGUCGACAACCCCGAGAGCCAUAUCACCGCCAUCGAGACCUUCAUCAUGUACAGGGUCCUGACCAAGACCACGCGGAGCGAGUUUGACUCCAGUGAGUAUGAGGUACACCGGCGCUACCAGGACUUCCUGUGGCUCAGAAGCCGACUGGAAGAAACCCAUCCGACGCUCAUCGUCCACCCGCUGCCAGAGAAGUUUGUGAUGAAAGGCAUGGUGGAGCGCUUCAACGACGACUUCAUCCACACCAGGAGGAAAGCGCUGCACCGUUUCCUCAACAAGAUCUCUGAGCAUCCCAUCCUGUCCUACAACCAGCACUUCAAAGUCUUCCUCACUGCAGAGGAGCUGACGUCCCACCGGAAACAGGGCCCGGGCUUCCUGAGCCGGAUGGGCGAGACGGUGAGGGCGGUGGCCAACACGGUGCGGGGCCUGAAGAGCCGGCCGGAGGAGUUCGCCGCGAUGCAGGAGUACGUGGACGACUUCAGCAACAAGAUCUGCACCGUGGACAAAGUCACCCAGAGGAUUAUCAAGGAAGAGAGAGAGUAUCUGGACGAGCUGAAGCAGUACGGCCCCAUGUACGGCCAGUGGGCGGAGUCAGAGGGCAACCUGGCCGAGCCCCUGAAGGCCGUGGCCAGCUGUGUGGAGCGCUGCGGCAAGGAAACGGAGGAGCACGCCCACCAUCUGUCCGAGGUGCUGGUCCCCACGCUGCACGAGUACAUCCUCUGUGCCGAGACGCUGAAGGCCGUGAUGAGACGCAGAGACCACAUCCAGGCCGAGUUUGAAGCCAAGAACGAGGCUCUGGCGUCCAGAAAAAGCGAACAAGAGGCGCUGCAGGAGGAGGUGGACGGUCUCUCGGACCGGAUGGAGGGGUCUAACGAAGCCCUGAAGGGAGACUGGUUCCGCUGGAAGGCCGGCAUGAGGACCGACCUGAAAUCGGCCUUCGUUUCCUCCGCUGAGAAGAACGUGGACUACUACGAGAAGUGCCUGGCGGUGUGGGAGUCGUUCCUCCUGUCUCAGAGAGCGGAAUCCAGUGACCAGCAAGACGGGGAAGAUGUUUCCUAAAAAAAAAAAAGAAAAAUCAAAAUUCCAGCCCUGACUGUCCAACCGGUACCUCCAAGUACAGACUCUGAACCAGUGUCCACUUAUGCGAACAAGGCAUUGUGUACGAAACAAGCACACACACACUCUCUCUCUCUCUCUCUUUCUGUCCGUCUCUCUGUCUGGCCAAAGAAGUUAAUCCCAGUUUCACCAUUCCACUGAUGAUCGGUCACCACGAGAGAGAAAAACAACAACUACACUGUGAUCUGAAGUACCAAAACAUAUCAGCGCAGUAAUACCCUCCAUGCGCAUGGCCCAAAAAGAUUAAGACAGAAGACUCCUGACCCCAUUUUAAUGUGCUUGUAUAUACUUUUUUCCACAUUUCCCAGAGCAGCCGUGUCCCAGUUCAGGGAAGGCCUCCUCGAAAGUGUGCAAAAUGUUGAGGUAUGGCUUCAUCAACAGAUACCAAAACUAAUGAUGCGUCCAACUGUCCAAAUAAGAGCGAUAAUCUAUAUAUUCCGGCCACAGAGGAGUCUCAAAGUGCCAAAGUCCUGUGACAGGUAUGGACCUGAAACAGCAGCGGGGCCGCUUGCCGCCUUUUAAUGUUGCCACGACAACAAAUAUUGGCUUUAAUUGGCACCAGAGGAAAGCGUGAAUAAAAAUAAAAAGUGCCACUUCUUCAAUGUAAUUUAGGGUUAAUAAGUAAGGUCCUGUGUUAGGAGGAAUAUGACCAUACGUUAUCUCUCAUUUGUUCAAACUAUGUUUGUAUCAACGAUUGACCCCAAUGUGUUUGACGCAGCUAUCGAUACCAAUGUGCCAAUGAAACCGAAUCAUGUGACUGAGCUUCAUCUUUUCUCACCAUAUUGUAGCUUUUUUUUUUUUAGACAUAACCACUAUUUUUUUUUUUUUUUAUGGACCAAAUCUUAACCAGACUUGUUUAGUUUGAGACUUGAGUUUGCUCUUGGUCUUGGGAACAGCCGUUAGUAAAAUUAAAAAAAACAAAACAAUCUUCAUUCAAGGUCCACCUUUUCGAGCUUUUUCCUCAUCGUAAUUCGGUUGAAAGUUCAGGAAAAGAUACUGUCAGGUAGACCACUGAGUGGAGCUGUGCAGCUUUGAGACGGCCAUAGACGCGUCGCAUGUCACGAUCAGACGACGCGGUGCCUGCCGGAUAACGCUCCAACCCCCCGACAGACUCUCCUUUUAUCCCGUGUGUUUUUUUCCCUUCUCCCUCUUCUCCUUUUUUUUUAAAGACUCCUAUGACGCGAGCGACAGGAGCACUGUUGUGGUCUGACUGUUAAGUUGGAUUGCCGUGACAUCUGGGAUCCAAAACUGCACAGGGAGCCUCGACGUAGUCUGAACACAACGACAUAAUAUACACAACACAUAACACUAAUGCUAAGCUGUCCCAAAUUGCAGGGGGCGCUUCCUUCGGAGGCGACAUUUCGAAGAGCGUUUCUGCGACACAGCGGCGCCAUUCGGCCGCUGUCAGGAUGCCGCUGACGCCCCCUUCCUCGUACUGUGGGCGUCCCCGGAAGGAAGCCCCCCCCCCCCCCCCGAAUCGUGCAAACGGGUGGAUGGCGGUAUUUACAUCGCGCAGGCGGUCGCUGCCGUGCAUUGCGGCGGGUUCGGUCGGGUCUUUCCUCAGCAACGGCAAACGUUUUUAGGAAUGGUGACACAGUGAACAUAUGAACGAUCAAACACGCCAUCGCGUUUUCAUGUUUACAUGUCCGAUGAAGACUGCGUCUUUUUGUUGAAGAACGCUUUAAAGCUUUAAUCUGUUUUAUACCGAUAUUUUGUUUUCUCUAAUGUAUUUUUCUUCUCUCGCUCGCCUUGUGCUUUUAUCCUUAUUGAAUAUGUACAUUGAAUUGUUUUUUGAGUCGCUGACAUCAUCAUCAUAAUAAUAAUAAUAAUAAAGACAGAUCUGGCCCCUCUGUUUGUUGACUGUA